CGAUAAAUUUCUCCGUUCCUUGAUUUUCUAUCCGUCCGUGAUUUGCCACUCCUACCUUCAGGAAACCAAUUUCACUUUCAACAAAAACAAUCUCCGAAGAGAGAUGUAGUGUUGUGUUCAUUGAUUGAAAUGGCUUAGUGGUUCCUUAAGUGUAUAAAGUGUAAUCAAGAUGACUGGGCGCUCGGGUCGUGGUGUGUUCGGGAAGCUGUUUGCAAAGAAGCAUCAGCACAAGGAUGAACGAGCGACGGAGAUCGGAAUGCCUACAAACGUAAAGCAGCACAUCCACGUGAGUAAGAAUUCGGAGACGGGUAUGCUGGAAGGUCUCCCGUCCUCGUGGCUGCGUCUUCUCAACACGCAAAUCACUCCCGCUGAACAAAAUGAAAACCCGGACGCGGCCAUUCAGGCUGUCAAGUUCCAUAUGUACACCAUUAAAAAGGAAAAGGCUCAAGACGAACCUUUCAAGCCGUUUGUUACAGCUGAAGCUAUUACUGAGGAGGACUUAGAGAUAGAGAAAUUACUAGAUAAGAAAAACCAUCAAAGCCAGGAUUCUGAUCUAUCACUGGGGCAGAGUAGUGAGGAGGAGGUGGGUAACAGUACAAAUGACAAAUAUGCACAACGGCAGACAAUGCCUGCUGCACCACAGAAGCAUGGUCUUAAGAAAAAGGAUGCUAUAUUGGAAUUGACAGCUGUUGUUGAAGACUUGUCCAUGAUUGGUAAGGAGUCUGAUGAGAGCCCUAUCUUGAGGAAGAAGGAAAUGAUGAACUCUAUGAUGACUGAUGAGGAGAUAUAUGAGGAGCUGAGAAAGAUUUGUAAUAGGGAUGACCCUCAUGUGCGGUUUGAAAGAGUUAAGCAGCUUGGUGCUGGAGCAUCGGGUGUGGUGUUCAUUGCAAUAGACCAUAACGACAACUCGAAGGUGGCCAUCAAGGACAUAGAUUUGACCAAACAGUCCAAAAAGGAUCUCAUACUCAACGAAAUAAAUGUACUCAAAGAUUUCAACCAUAAGAAUUUGGUCAACUUCCUUGACGCUUUCCUUAGUUAUGAUCAUCUUUGGGUAGCAAUGGAGUUGCUUGACGGCGGGUCAUUAACAGAUGUAGUGACUGAAGUUGUCAUGAAAGAAGGCCAGAUAGCUGCUGUGUGCCGCGAGACCCUGCAAGCUGUUGCAUUUCUACACUCCAAAGGUACCAUUCACAGGGACAUUAAAUCUGACAACGUCCUACUAGGUAUGGAUGGCACAGUAAAAGUAACAGACUUUGGUUUCUGCGCUAACAUCGUUGGCGACGAAAAGCGACAGACCAUGGUCGGCACCCCGUAUUGGAUGGCCCCUGAAGUAGUCACCAGAAAGCAAUAUGGAAAGAAAGUAGACGUAUGGUCCCUCGGUAUAAUGGCUAUUGAAAUGAUUGAAGGUGAGCCACCAUAUAUGAAGGAGACCCCUUUAAGGGCGUUGUAUUUGAUUGCGGCGGUAGGACGUCCAAAAAUACCUAGGUGGGAGACUCUGUCGCCGGAUUUCCAGGACUUCCUCGACAAGUGCCUGCAGGUGGAUGUUGACAUGCGCGCGACUGCAGACGAGUUGCUGAUGCACCCAUUCCUUGAAUGCGCGAUGGAGCUACGCACGUUGACUCCUCUAAUCAAGGCCGCGCAAAAGAUCCUCCACAAGAGCUACGACUGAUGAGACUGGUAUAUUCUUCCAUUCCCAAAAAUUAUUUUUCUAUUUCCACUUUUGUAACCAUUUACAACUUGUAUGUACAAUUUGUGUGUAGGACUGUAACUCGGUGCCAAGUAUAUUGGAUAGUUUAAGUAUUGGUGUAUGUAUGAUGUAAUCUAAUAGGUAUCGGACGCAAAAUUCCUUAUUUUUUAUUGUACUAUUGUUGUUCAUGCAAGGCAUUAUUAUAAUAAUAAUCAUUUAUUUCUGAACUGGUCCAUAAAUUGUUAGUAAAUUACAAAAUACUAUAGCUAUGCUGUGCUCUAAGGAUUAGUUAUUUGUACAAGACGUAAGGACCGCGACACAAAAACUAAACAACAUUAAUUUUUUAUGCGACCGCAUGUAGUCGCAUCCAAUGCGCGUGUAUCGGUGAAUCCCAGCGUGCGGACAACGCGCUCAGGAUGCGGUUGGAUCUGUCGCGCAGGCGGCGCAGCAUCGAGGCGCACCUCUUGCGUAUGAGGAUGCAAACCCGUCUGUGUGCGCCUCCGCGAACAUACCCGAGGCGCUACAGAAGCGCGACAGCCAUUAUUGCAGUGUCAUUACUUGAAAAGCAGACACACCACAAAGAUAUGUGGGUGGUCCAAUAAAAUGUAGUUUUUAAAAUAUUCAGAAGCAUUAGAUAACUAGAUGUAAGUAUUCAUGCAAUCAGAGAUUAUAGACAAUACGCAAGUCGCGUUUUAAGCUGUGUCUUAUCUGUCAGUUAUCUUUUUGGUAGUAAGAUACGCUAUCAGCUAUUGAUAUGUAAAAAAUACACGCUUUUUAUUAGACAACGCGCCUUGAACCGAAUGUACAAUGAAUAUGCCAUAUUUACGAUCGGUUAUAUCGAAUUAAUUAUUGGUGAUUUUUAUGCAUUAGUAUAGUUACUUAAAAGUAAAUCUGUCCAAAUUUUUUUUAUAAAUUUAGAGAGUAUUUAUUGACGAUUUUCUAUGCAACUUUAGAACUGACUCGUAUUCCACGCGAAAUACGCCUUUUUUACGCACAUUGUCAAAAAAACUUUGGUGCUAUUUACCAACAGAGAUUGGUCCCAAACGCGUGCUUUUGGUAUCAUGAUUUGACGAUAUUGGGUGCACUAAUUUCUUUUUUGUAUAAUUUACCAAAAAUGUACAUAAAAACAUUAAUUUAGCUAGUCUUAGUUCACACUUGACUUUUCAAAGCUAUUUCCAAUAUUCCUUACAUUCCCUUUGAUACUGAUGAAGCUAUUUUGAUACUUUCUUUUUCUGAAAAGUUACUACCUACAUAUAAAUAAUGCAAUAGUUAAGACUGUACCAUGUGCACACUUUGUAGGACAGAACAAUAAUUUUAAAUAUAAAAACGCACUGCCCAUUUUGUAAUGAAUUUUAAUUAUCUAUUAAUAACUACUAUAUAGAAUAAUACAUUCAUACAAAAUAUUGUUAAUGUAAAAUUUGCACAAGGUAUUAAUUAUAUUAUUAUAAAAUUUGCAUUUACGUCAAAAAAAACAAUCUGUGCAAUAUUGAGAUUUUUGAAAUCUGAAAUAAAUCUUUUAAUCCAUUGCAGUUAAAGUACAAAGCGUACUUUUAAUUCAUAUUUUAUUUGUAGUAUUAUUAUUUGUGUAUUAUUUUUUGCAUUUUGUACUCCCGUAGCCAUAUUUUGAUUCAGUGGGUAUUUUUGGACUUGAAUCUUUCGCAGUCGAAACAAACAAUAAUAUUCAAAGUCCAACUUAGGAAUUGAUCAUUGUGUAGUGUUUGUGUUGUAUUGAUUAUCUUUUCCUUAACGACCUGUGCGGCAUGUCUCGUAAUCAUUAAUACAACGACGAUAGACAUACAAAUUACCGCAUAUAAACAUGUAUAAUAAGAACUGGUGGCAUGAGGGUUGAAAAGUCCAGCAAUAUUUGUGUUGUUAGUUGAAGCAAUUAUGUUUUUGUAAUACCACAAUAUGACGUGGGUCCAAAUAUAAAAGUUACACGUUUUCUUUGUUGACUUUUCCAAGUUUAUAUGAAAUUUAGAAAGAUUCAGUCCUCACCUCCACCGCGAGUGCCUGCUUGAAGCAUUAGAUGUUAAGUGUUUACUUACAUUACGUUAGAAUUAAGAUGUCGGCAACACAACGAAGAACCGUGCAACCGUAGAGUAAGUUUAUAUACCAAUGACACUUUUGGAACAUUUUAUUAUAGAGAUUUGC